CUCCAGACGGAGAGCAGACGGCGUUCAGAGGAGUCGUGUGUCACUCCGUCGACUUUCUUCUCUUCCCUGUGCUGUGCGAGACUGCUGUGCACCGGUUGUGAGGUGGACGCCAGAUGACAGGACUUGUGUCUUAUGCUGAUCGUCUUCCACACUGGGAGACUGAGGACACAGGUCUUCACACUCUGAAGAAGCAGAAAGCAGGAAGGAUGAAGAGGAAGUGUCUGACUGUCAGACGCUCUGUGAAGCAGAUUGUUUCCCUUAAUAAUGCUCAAAUGUCGAUUUCAUCCCUGUAAUAGCUACCUCUUUAAUUCGUGGCUCUUACAUUUACAUCCCAGGUGAGAUCUUCAUUUGUCAUCAUCUCCGGUGAAUCAACAUGGUGUCCUUUGCCGUGCUUCUGCUUCUGCUGCCCCCUGUGGCCGCUUUUGGAAGUUCAGUCUGCAACUUAAAUUGCACCAGCCACAUCGAGGAGCAGGUGGGUCACAUGUCCGUGCUCAACUGCCUCGUCCAGACUGACAGUAUACAGAGAGUAAUUUGGAAGAAAGGCGUGGAUACAGUUGUGUCCUAUCAUGAUGGAGAUGAGAGAAUGAAGGACAAAGAAGGAUAUGUUUUCACCAAGCCACGCUGGAUCAGGGACGACUCAGCCUUCAACAUUUCCUUGACCAUCCAGAACACUGCCAUGGACCAUCGUGGUGAAUACACUGUCAUGGUAAUCACACACGUAUGCGAUGCCAAUGCCAAGGUCUACCUGGACGUUACAGGCUAUAAAAAGCUGCACGAGAAUCCAGAUGUUUCGGCUACUCCAGCCCCCCCGGAUAAAACCGUGCAAGUCGUUGCUCCACUGGUGGUGAUUGGAUCUCUCAUCGUUGGAUUGCUUCUGCUUCUGGUCUACAACAAGAGGCGGGCUGCAAUUCGCCACGAGCCAGUGGAGACUGAUGAAGCUCCUGAGCAGUUGGUCGCAGUGUAUCAUCUGGAGAUGCCUCAGGAACAACAUCAUCCCGAUCCUGAUCUGAAUCUUUGCUAAUCCUGGUUAAUCUGCGUGAUGGAACUACAAGAUCCUGUUGGUGAUCAUUCAACCAAGUCAUCUUCAUGAAUUUAUGAUGGAAAAGAGCAUUGUUUGAGUGCUUUAUGCUAAAUACUAUUGGAACUGCCAUGUACUGGUUACAUGCAGCACAGGAUAUUAUCCAGCUAAUGGUUUCACCAAUAUACUUUCCUAGUUUGUGACCUUGUAACUGCGGGAUCAGAAAGUGACACACUGAUUUACUAACAGCUAUGAUGCACAGAUAUUAUUCAUUUAAAACAUAUCGCUACAAGUUAUCACUGUGAAAACAGGAUUUGUUAUUCAAGAUUUUGUUCGCAACAGAAUAGAAUCUGCACAAAACAGUCGAUCAAAAUAUUUGGAAUCAGUGCUGCCAUCAUUUCUUACAGGAAAGUUAAGAGACAGCUGAACAUAGGACGUAAAACGGUUCUUCAUUGGAGCUCCACACAGCUUUGAACAGCACUGGUGGUCAACACUGCUCAGUCGAUGCAGAGCUAGAGCCAAGUCAAGCUGGUGCGGCACAAAUAUGCACUUUGAAUGAAAUCAUGCAGCGGGUAAAUCUUCUGGAGGGAAGGCUUUAGGCUGUGUGUGGGUGUGUGUUGGUGUGUGUGUGAGUGUGUGUCGGCCUUGUGAAAGAAAAGUUCCAGGAAGUAGAGUUCGAAAAUGUGACCGGUCAAACAUUGUCUCUCAAACAAACACAUGACUUAGAGAAACCAUUACAUCCCAUGAAUGAACUGGUGCAGAUUUAUCAAGCUCACACAAUGGUUUUCAUGAUUCAAGAAGCAGCUUCUGGAGCAACAGACAUCUGAGGAGCACAUUUCAUCCCUGAUAAUCUUUCACUUUGCGUUUGUUUCUCUUGGCUGCCUCAACUGUGACUAACCACACCUGACGUCACGUAAUGGAGAAGCGACCUGUCGUGACAGAUAACUGCUGAACGACUCAUCGAAGAUGAUUUCCUUCAUUUGCUUUGUAAACCAAACUUGAGUGUCUGCCAAAUAACUGCGGUGCUUCACGAUCAUUCCACACUCUUCACAGAUAUUCACAGACUAGUUUGGUCACUGUAAUUCAGCGCAUUGUUUUGUCUUGAUCCUUCUGCUAAUGUUGAAAGCUAAGUGUGCUAGCACGCUAACAGGGGAGCGCGCGGUGAAAUUGGUGCUGGAAGUGGCGGGAAAUACUGCAACAUCUGUAGCAUUAAGUACAGACAGAUGCUGAUCAGAGACAAGGAACAAACACGUUUAAUUGUACUUAUAAGCUUUGCAUCUGAAUGUGAACGUCUUCCGCCUCGACCAGCGAUUGUUGCUGACAGUGGCAAAUUAGUGAAACAGACUGUUGGGUGCUUUUGUGUUGGAGGGAAAGUCCACAGUUGUGAGACUGAGAGUUUCACUCUCCAGCCAGUAGAACCAGCUCAGGCAGAGGAGAAAGCUACUGAGCCAGUUUCAUCAUGUACCUUCACACUCGACCAGCCAGAGCCGAGUUGCUGUCUAUGAUUGUUUUUUCUACUUUGAUCUGUAUUUUUAUAUGUUGUGCAAUAAACGUGU